AUGCAGCAGAGGGCGUUGUCGAACCCUAGGAUUGAAGUGAUUUGGAACUCUUCGGUGGUGGAGGCGUAUGAAGAUGAGAACGGGAAAGGCGUGCUUGGUGGUUUGAAGGGAGUUACAGAGAAAAAUCCUCUUUCCAAGUCUACUUCGUUCUCCGAGAAUUGUGUUAAGCCUGAGACGUCUAAAGCAAGUUCAGAACAAGUUGAUGCACCUGUAUCAGUGUCUACAGAACCAUUUUCAAGAUGUAAUUCCUGCUCAGAUCGUUCAACGUCCGGGACACAUGUGUAUUUUGAUAAGGAGACGAAUGCAGGAGGAGUUCUCUACCAGUAA